CUGUUCUUUUACAACAUGCCUUGUUUUCCAAGAAACACAAACAGACAAGACAAAAAAAAAUUACACAUCACAUGUGACGUCGCCAUCUGUUGUGACCUAAGUGUGAUAAGUAAACCUGCACCAGACGAACUGACAAAGGCCUAAUUGAGAGCCCUUGUCGUAUUCUUUCCCGUUUUAAUCACAUCAAUCGAAAGAUUCAUCAAUCCUUCCACUUUUAUUUGCGUCACUACACACGUCACGAGAUUGCCCGUGCAUGUGUGUAUCUCUGUUCCCGUACACGCAUGUGCUUACCCCUGCAUACAUACGUACAUACAUAUAUAUAUAUAUAUAUAUACACACAAACACACACAAAGCUACAGAUCGGGAGAGUUCAUCUGUUUAUUAUAGAAAAGAUAAAUCUUGCGGAGAAUUGGCAGAGUUGGAGAGCAAAAUGCCACAGCCACACAUUCUGAUAGUGACGUUUCCGGCACGAGGACACAUCAAUCCGUCGCUCCACUUCUCCGGCCGACUCAUCCGAACCACCGGCGCACGUGUCACCUUCGCCACGUGCGUCUCUGCCUUCCGCCGCUCCAUGAUCCCUCCCGCCGCCGCCGAUUCCCUCUCUUUCCUCUCCUUCUCAGACGGCUUCGACGAUGGCCACGUGUCGUCCACCUCUUCCGACUACGACCACGACCAGUGGAUGGAUAGAAUCAGAGUUGACGGCACCAAAACUCUGUCGGAUUUCAUCGAAUCUAACCGUCGAGGAGAGUCUCCGGUGACUUGUUUGGUCUACACGCUUCUUCUCACCUGGGCUCCUGCGGUGGCGCGUCGCUUCCACAUCCCAUCAUCGCUUCUCUGGAUACAGCCCGCUUUGGUUUUCGACAUCUAUUACUACUACUUCAACGGCUAUGCCGAGGUUGUCUCCAAAGCUCUGGCUCGGUCGGAUCCCGUCGAGUUGCCGAAACUACCGUUGCUUGCGGCCAGGGAUCUUCCUUCCUUCCUCACUCCUUCCAACAUGUAUAAAUAUGCAUGCGCUGCGUUUCAAGAUCAGAUAGAUCGUCUCAGAGAAGAUCCCAACCCUAAAAUCCUCGUCAACACUUGUGAUGCAUUGGAGAGAGAAGCGUUGAGGGCGAUUCCGAAUCUUGAAAUGGUAGCUGUAGGUCCAUUGCUUCCCAUGGAGAUUUUCCCGGGAAACAAUAACCGGUUUUCGGGUGAUUCGAUCCGAGAUUCGGAAGACCAUGGUUAUACCCUUUGGUUGGAUUCGAAGCCAGAUUCCUCUGUUAUUUAUGUUUCUUUUGGAACACUUGCCGUGUUGCCCAAGAAACAGAUGCAAGAACUUGCAAAGGCACUAAUAGAAACGAAACGUCCGUUCUUGUGGGUCAUAACCGAUAAACCGAACAAAAGGGCGAAUGAAGAAGAAGAAGGAGAAGAGAUAGGCAACAUAGCUGAUUUCAGACAGGAGCUGGAAGAAAUCGGGAUGGUAGUGACAUGGUGCUCGCAGACUCAGGUUCUGAAACACAAAUCGGUCGGAUGUUUCUUGACGCACUGCGGAUGGAACUCGACGCUGGAGAGUCUUGUUCUCGGCGUGCCCGUCGUGGCGUUUCCGCAAUGGACAGACCAGCCAACGAACGCGAAGCUUCUGGAAGAUUGGUGGAAAACUGGUGUGAGGGUGAAGGAGAACGAGGAAGGGUUGGUCGAGAGCGGCGAGAUAAGGCGGUGCCUGGAGGCGGCGAUGGAGGAUAAGGCGGAGGAGCUGAGGAGGAACGCCGGUAAGUGGAGAGAUUUAGCGGCGGAGGCCGGCGGAGAAGGAGGAUCUUCCGACACGAACAUCGCGGCUUUUGUGGAAUCUUGUGGUGGGAUGUCGUACGGAACUGAUGACAAGUCAGCGAGCCUACGUGGCAACUACAUCUGCCCUAAUUGAUGUUUGUGAUCGGUAAAUGUGCAAUGAACGAUUCUUAUCCACAAGGGUAUGAUAUGUCGUUUACUAUCUGUUGUUCUAGAAUAAAUUACGCAAAUGC